CAGCUGGGGAGACCGCAUAUUCAGGACCCACAGCACAGUCCCCCUCCCUGUCCCCCCCCCCAUGGCAGGCCCCCCACAGCACAGCAGCCCCUAGCACCAGGCUGGAUUUUGAGGUUCCACUUUGUUCUGGUUGCUGGUUAUAUCACACAGACCCCACCCCGUUACACAACCCCAACUGCAUGCCUGAUUCAUGGGCCAGAAGGGGCCGGGCAUGGGGUUAUGUAACCUUCCAUGGGCAGGGGGAUAAAAGCAGCCCCAUAUCUGCCUGGUGCCCAAAUGCAUGGGAAGAGCUGGGUCACACCCCAAACUCUCCACCCAACUUCUGCCACGACACCUCUCACAAUGCUACUGCGAAUGGCCCCACUCCUGCUCCUGGCCCUGGCACAGGGGCUCUGGGGAGAGAGGGAGAAGCCUAAAUUCUGCAGGGAAGUCACCGAAUGUUUCACCUUUGACCUCAUCUGCAACAGCUCUGACUACGAGGCCCGGCUUUACCCCCCCUCGGCCUGGGUCAGCACCCGUGUGAACAACACGUACACAGCCGCCAAGACCACCGGCUUCUGGCGCGUCCUCCUCAUCCAGGGCCGGAACCAGCUGGCUAAGGUGACCCCCACAGCCCCUCUGCCCCCAACCUCAGACUCCACCCCUAGAGAACCCACAGCUCCCCAACCCCCACACAUAACCCCCCCCCAGGUUUUCAUCGAGGGGUUCCCUGCUCUGUCCACCUACGUUCGCUCCUUUGGGGGGUGGCUCACGGACGCCAAUCGAGGGACCCACAUCCGGGCCCUUGAUGCCUCCCUGGGGAGGGAUGCCCGGCACUUCAACCACUCCUGGCCCUACUCGGCCGGCUACAACAGCCCCAUGAAGCUGUUCGACCGCCACAAUGAGGUCUGGCGCCUGGCAUGGGGUGGCCUGGGCUGUGCCCCAGAGUGAGCCCCCCAAAUGUCACCCACUGGCAUUGCAGCCCCACCAGGAGUGAAAAACCCAGCUCUCGAUUCCGCCCCCCACGAGUGAGCUCCCAGUGAGCAGCCCCUCUCAUCCCCCAUAAUAAAGCCAAGUGACCAAGA